AUGAAAAGUACUAUUAAGAAAGAAAAUGGCGCUUUACGUGAUUAUUUAGGCAACUGGUUAAUCCAAUAUACAUUUAAACGGUGGCAUAUUUUAUACAAAAAUAAUGAAAAGGUUCUAAUGUAUACAUAA